UGUCGGUAACCACACACAACAAAAUGUCGGCACACGGGAGAAAAAGCACAAAUGUAUGUCAUAAAUAUGUGACAUAAUAUAAAUGCAGUUUUGCAGAGAAACUAGUUAUCUUUACUUAUUAUAAAAUUCCAUUUGCAUUUAAUUUUAAUACAUUCAUAUGCUUCAGUUACACAUUGACAUUGUUUUGUAUUGUAAUGUUAAUGAGAAAAUCAUAAAUUUGAAUAAAAAGAUAAAACUUUUUUGUAACAUCCAAAUUAGUGAAAACCCAUCUUACAGUUUCGUGGACAACAUUCUUAUUUUCAUAACUAAAUUAAGAUUUGAUUUUAGUCUUUAACAUUUUCCCAUAAUGGAUUAAGAUGUAGUUUUAUUAGAAAACUGUAACGUAAAACGCCAAACAACGAAGUCCUCCCCGAACCGAAUGUAAAAUGGCCACAACAGUUUUUGCUCCAUUUUUUAAUAUGCACAGAACUGAGUUUCAUGAUACCUAUAAUUCAAGAGACAAUUUAGACCUCAAAUGAAUGCUUUUAAAAUUAAUUGAAAUUAAUAGAAAAGUUUAGAUUUUUAUUUUUUUUUUAAUUUGUGACAUCACAAAAAAAAUUUUGCCCCCCCCCCUUCCCCUCCUCCCCCUGUCACAAUUUAUCGAAACCCCCAACUCCCCUUUCCAUGAGCAUGGGGUAAUUUGUGAAUGACCCCUAAGCUAUAUUUUCGUUUGUUUAGUUAAUAUAUAGACAAUAGAAUGACGGGUGUUUUCCCCCCUGCACUUUUUGUUUAUCAAUCAUUGACUUGGAACAGUACUGUCUAGAUUCAUUUUGUUACCAAAGAAAUAUCAUUAUACUUUAGACUAGUAAGGAGGACUGUGCUAACUUAGAAAAAGUAGCAUUAAUACAGAAAUCAAGAGGAGCAUUCAACACGUGAUAUAAGAAAUUAAAUUUUGAUAAAAACAAAGCUAUAAAUAUUCAAAUCUAUUUAUUUUUAUUUUUGGAUGUGAAACAUGGAGAACAAAGAGCCUAAUGCAACCAGACUACAGGAUGUUAUCAAAAGAUAUUUGUACACUAUCCAAAAAGUUAAAUACUCUAUCUAAAUAGAUCCUAUGGAUAAAAUCAGGAAGUGACCUUGUGGACUGGAAAUACAGUGAUGUGGGAAAUCAAUGUGACCAUGUACUGUGAAAACUAAUAUCAAAUAACCCUGGAUAGUCUUUGUCAUGGAUUUCCCAAGGAACCUCAAAAGAGAGCAAGAGAAACACAGCAAGAAGUGGAAUAAGCUGGAUAAAAUAGCUUAAAACAGAGAUAAAUCGGAAAAUGUUUGUAUCGACGGCUAGGAGCAAAAAAGAAAAAAAAGAGCAAAAAUUUUUUUUUAAUUACACAUCAAAUUUAAUUAUUUUUACUAAGUUUUGUUUCACAUGCAUCUUGUCAAUCACAUGUUUUUUUUUCUGAUUUCACUACAACUUUUUUGAAGCAAAAUGUUGUUUUUUCUAAUCACAUAAAGCCUCUGGAUAAGAAGAUCCCAGAAAAUCCCAAGUAUAAGCAUGUACGGCCAACUGUUGACACAGGUACAGAAAUUUUGUUAUGUCUUCAUAUAUAUUAUCUUGUUUAUGAAACAUUUUUAUUUAUAUUAUUUUAUUUAUCUUAAUGAUACGCUCAACUAAAUAAUGUCAGUUUUGAAACAUAGAUUAGUAUGCAUUUAAUUGUCAUUGUUACAUGCAACAAGAAUUUUGAAUGUAAAUGAUCUAUUCCUAAAACUAACUAUAUAUAAGUGUAUUUGAAUAACAUUCGGUUCCUUGCAGGUGCAAGUAUAUCCAAAUACAUGGAGAAAAUGGAAGAGCUUAAGAGAAGUAAGUCUUGUUCUGCAUAAGAUUCUUAGUUACCUUUAAACACAUUUUCUUUGUGUGUGUGUGUAAAUUUUUUAUCUGAUUCAAAAAGUACAAGCUUUGUAUUCAAAUUUGUAAUGGCAUCUUUUAAAAAAAAAUAUAUAAUAAUUCAUUUUCAAAAACCACAUGCUUAAAGAACUUUUGUUUUUAAUGAUAAGGAUUUUUUAUUUUAUCUUUUCAAUAUUUUUUUUUGUCUGUGGUAAGAAGGGGGAGUGAUUUUUAUGGUAUAAGAAAAAAAGUAAUGGAAUCAGACUUUCAUUAUAAUUUUGUCCCCACAAAUAUUGUCUUUUUUCAGAUUACAAUUUUCGGAAGGAUGAGAUUUUCAAAAGAAUGAAAAUUCCUACAUUUGUUCAAUUGGUAAGUGUCAUAAAUAAAGUUGUCUUCUUUGUGGAGGUAUUGGAAAUGGAACUUUUAAUGCAAGCAAAUGAGGAUCAAAGUCUUUAAAAUAUGUCAUUUGACACUUUUCACCACAAAUUAAUUUUAUGUAACUACGUUUAUAAUUUUAGAAUAUGUUUAACAAUCAUCUAAUUCAGGCCUGCACAACAUAUGGCCUGCGGGUCACAUUCGGCCCGCCAGCACCCGCUUUGAGGCCCACGAAGUAACGAAAUAUUAUUUUUUAUUAUUAUUUUCUUAAGAGCUGUCCCCUUGUCCUAUUUUCUUUCGGACCACACAAGUUUAUCAUAAAGUAUUACGGCCUGCCCUACCUUUUGAGUUGUGCAGGCCUGAUCAAAUUGAUUUGAAUAGCUAAAUAGUUACUUCUAAUUAGAUGUUUAAUGGUUUCUUGCUCUCAAAAAGCUUUAGCAAAACCCAUAACAAAAGUAUCUAUGUUAUAAAUUUGUCCCUUUAAUUCUAAUAUCUUGCCUCAAGGUAAUUCAAGUGGCUGAUGUUGAAACAGAUUAUGAAGAUGGACCCCCCGAAAACUAUAGCUGUAAGUCUUUAUGUUGAUGUUUCACACUCUUACUGACCACGUCUGUCAUGGAAGGGAAACAAAACGUGAUAAAGGUAUAAAAAAAAUUAAAGUGAUUUCAAUUUUGAAUUUAAGUUUACUGAUAUUUUUUUUUUUUUUUCUUCUCUUUUUUUUUUCUUUUCUGACCUCUGUCUGUCACACUGUGAUGAUGGUGUAGGCUUCACAGGAUGAAUUCCACAAGGCCUUGGAUUAUUCUUUUUAGGAUUAUAAGCUGGUUUCCCACAGAGCUGGAUAACCCAAGCUGUUGGAUAACCUAAGGGAACAUCAUGUGGAUGAUACAGCUUGACACCAGUGGCGUCUCAGGAGUUAUCAGAAUGUUUCAUUGAGCCAUUCUUGACCGCUUACGGGACUCCAUUCAGAGCUUCCUUCUCUUACAUAAGACGCAUUCCAGGGCUAAUGAGUCCCAUCCACCCGGGGUGCUGGUGAUGUUUUUGCUUGACUGGGCUUUGCUGGGUAUUAAACUCCAGACCAUGAACUUGAAAUUGGCUCAGCUUAGACCACUUGGCCACCCAGCCCUCGGCCACUGGCCGUUAAUAAAGAUAAAAUUACACAUCCAGUUGUUUUAAAUAUACAGGUCCACAUCAUUUGUCAAAAGGUAUAACCUCAUGAGAACAAUAUUUUGCAAAAGUCUGCAUAAAGUCAUGAAACAUUUUUAAUUUUCAUCACUACAGCUCAUAUUAAUAUUAACUUUCAAACUUAUCUUAACAAAUCUACAAAGUUGGAAUAAAAUACUUUUUUUAAAAAUAUAGACCAGUGGUAAAUCCAAAAAUUAAUAUUGUAACAAAUGAUCUAACUGAGCAGACAGACCAGAUACAGCUGAUAAGGAGGUGGAGAGAAUUCAAAAGACUGGGGCAGGAGACUCAACUAGGCAGUCCCCGGAGGUGGAUACUAGCAGAUCAAGGCUAGAACAGUAAGUCGUGAGUAAAUACAGAUACUAUCAAAUCCAUGCUGGAGCAGUAAGGCAUGAGUAAAUGUGAAUACUAGCUGAUCAAUAAAAUAAUAAUAAAUUGGAUACCAGUAGAAGUACUUUAAAGCUUUACGUCUUUCCUAGCAGAUCCAUCGUAGAAUAGUAACUGAGUAAGUCUUGAAGAAAUGUCUAUUCAAGAUGUUCCCAGCUGUAACAAUAAUUCUUGGAUAAAUUAUUUAAUUUCCUAAUCACAAAUAUAAUUAUUUGUCAUUCAAAGAAACAUUGGCAAGAUGCAGUUAAGGAACAUUUGACCUUUCGAAAGACAAAAAAUUAAUUUGCAUCACGCAUAAAUAACUGACCUAAGGAAUUGUGUUAAAAACUUUUCUUCUAAUGAAUCACGAAUAUACCUUGCAUUCCAUGGACAGCUAAGAUUUCAGAAAUAAAAUGACUGAAAUAAAUAUAAAUAAAUUAAUAUUUUAAGAUCUUUCUAUGUAGCAACUCUUCUGUACUUAAAAUGCACAAGAGUACCUCACAAAUUGUGUAAUUUAAUAUAUAGCACAUUCUAGUAAAGGCCCUUCAGACACAUUCUGUAAAAUAGAAAAAUAUUAAGAGAUCACAUACUCAUAUAAUAUCACAUUGAUAAUUUUUUGUGUGCUUAUGUCAGGGUCAUCAAUGGAAUGGGAGAGGUUGAUCUGGAUGCCCCAAAGUCAGCCCAUAAACCUCUCCCCAUGAUGGGACCACUUUGCCCGUAUUUACUGCUGGAUGUCAGGGAAAAAGAUGCCUAUGAUGAGUGCCAUAUAAUUACAGGUGAGUGAUGGCGAUAGCUGCUGGUGAAAUGAAUUACUAGUAUUUUUAUACAUGCACUUAACUUAAAACGUACUUUUAUAGGUGCACUUAAAUAGUGAAUUUAUGGGUUCUCUAAAUAUUUAUGUCAUUGCAGCUGACAUUGGUAGGCUAUAUGUUUAUUGUAUUUAGUCAUGUGAUCAAAAUAACAAUGAUUUUCGCUUGCUUAAUUUUUACCAGUUGUAGACAUUGGCCACUAUAUUUAUGUUUUAUUAUAUUUCUUUCAGCCAAAAGCUACCCAACAGCCAUGUUAGCAAGGUCAGUCAACUAUGAAACAAAAGAAAUGCUACAGUUUGUAUCCUUUUAUUGUAUUGUAUCAUAGAUGUUAUUUGUAAAAGGAGGAUAUUUGAUAAAAAUUUAUUUCGACCCUAUUCGCUCCCAGCUAUAGGCUAAUGGUCUGAUAGUCUGCCCAAAUUAUUAUUGUAUUCAUAUUGUUCUGUCAUGAUAUGGAAGCUGAUGACAGAAACAGGGCAGCAAAGAGUGUGUAGCUUGGCUCAGAAAAAAACUUUUUUAAUCAUUAAUUAAGGAAAUGAAUGAAACAAAGUAUGGACAAAAAUCUGGAAAAAAAAGAACGCAGCAAAACAACAAACAUGUUGGAAAGAAGCCUUGAUCAGCGAACAAGCAACAGUUAAAACAGAAUUAAAUAAAAAUAACACUUUGUUGAAAUGUUAUAUUCGAGAAGGCAGAUAAUAAUGUGACGAGGUCAGGCGGUGUCUCCGGCCUCUCCUCAUCAUGACCUAUUGCAGUGGACUUACUUUUCCUCUCUUCUUUCCCUUUUUACCUUUAUUAAAUCUCUCACCUGCUUAUCUUCUGUCAUAUUCCUUUAGCAGCCCCCUGGGAUUCAUCAUUUCAGCUAAAUGUUAUUUUUAUUCAAUUCUGUUUUUACUGUUGUUUGUUCACCGAUGCUCAUUUAUUUCCUUGUUUGCUAACCUGAUUGCAAUCUGGCCCCCUUUUUGCUGGCAUCCUUCCAUCACAAUAUGACGAUGAUGUGGGCUUCGGAGGACAAAAAUCCACAAGGCCUGGGAUUAUUCUUCAAGGAUUAUAAGCUGGUUCCCAACAGCAAAUCGACUCUCUCCAUGCCGCUGGAUAACCCAAGGGAACAUCAUUUGGAUGAUACAGCUUGGCAACAGUGAUGUCGCAGGAGUUGUCGGAAUGUUUCAUUGUACCAAUGUUAUCCGCCUUUCGAGACUCCAUCUCCUCCUUAUUACCAUAAUAAUUAAUUAGAAGUUUGCUGCUUGUUGACAGUUUUGAUGGGGAAAAUCUUCAUGAUUUGCGUCCCUGUAACUUUCUUAACUCAGUCUAGAAAAAUCAAACUGGCAAAAUCAUAUUGUUGUAUGAUGAAGAUGAAAGGCUAUCACACAGGGCAGCUACAACACUGGUACAAAGAGGCUAUGACAAUCUCUUUAUGCUGUCAGGGGGUAAGUCACACUGGUACAGAGAAGCUAUGACAAUCUCUUUAUCCUGUCAAGGGGUAAGUCACACUGGUACAGAGAAGCUAUGAAAAUCUCUUUAUGCUGUCAGGGGGUAAGUCCUAAGAGAAUAAAUAUAGAGAAUAAAUUCUUGGUUUAAACUUUAUUUAAAUUAAUAGGAAAAGAUAUUUAAAAAUUAUUUCUUUAAAUUAGCCAAUUUAAUUUUAAAUUGGUUUAUUUAAAAAAUAUCCAUUAUUUUUUGUUAUCUAAACAGGGGGGUUUUAACUUCAAAAAUUUAAUUGUAACCAUUUUCUCAACCUCCUACCAUUGAUGGCUAUGUGUUCAAACUAGGCAGAUUUUUAAAAACUAUAACAGUUGAAAAAAGUUUCAUAUUAAUUUUGUAUUUCUUACAACUGAGUUUGUUUUUUCUGUUUCCAGGUAUGAAGGUAGCCUACAAACUGUUUCCUGAAGGGCUCUUCACAGGUACACUCCCACAAAGCAUCCUUGAUGACAUAGCCCAGGGACAGAAAGUGGCCAAGGUGAAAAUAGAGGCACCACCUAAGUUACCAGCUGAUAUAGAAUCUUUCACACCAGAACUUAUAGACAAACUGUGCACUUACCUGGACAGCUCAGCAUCUGACCGAAGCCUUAGUAGUAAGUCAUUAUCAAUUUUUAAAUUAUAAUUUUUUAUAAUGAAAUGUCUGAUAAUAGUUUUACUGGUUAAAUUCUCCGAUCUAUUUUCAUUAAAUUCUGUUGUCCUGGCUUGUAUCUCUGACUUUUCCACAUCGAUUAAUAAACCAAUCCUAACUGUAGGGACUACAUCUCUGAUUUAUUCAUGUCAUUAAGUAUACCAAUCCUAACUGUAGGAACUAUGUCUCUGAUUGAUCAAAAUCAUUAAGUUAACCAAUCUUAACUUUGAGACUACAUCUCUGAUUGAUUCACAUCCAUCCAAUCCUAACUGUUGAGACUAUAUCUCUGAUUGAUUCACAUCUUUAAGUAAACUAAUCCUAACUGUGGCGUCAGACCAGCAAAAUUAUGCUUCUUACUUCUAUUAGUCUGGGUACAUUCAACAAAUAGUUUUAAAAAAUAUAUAAAAAUAGCCCUAUGAAUCUAAUGAGACAUUAAAAAAUUCACACAUUUACCUUUAACUUCUAUUGGGUUUAAUAUUUAUAAUUUAAGCAUUGGCUAAAAUAUUUUACUCCAACUCAGAUUACUUGAGACUUGGUCACAAAAAAGUUUAGUUACUGGCUGUAGAUGUUAAAGUCGGGCAUUGGUUUUAUUGUUUUAAAAUGACAAUACUAUGUAACAAUUGAUCAUUUUCUUUAAGCUAACACGAACAAUCAGUUUUAAAUAAAUGAUGCCCCAUCUUUAAAUUUGAGAAUCUCUAUGCCAUUUUAUGGUGUCAACAGGCCGUGUGUCCAAGUCUGCUGCUAGCAGCAAAUCAGGAAGGUCUGCCAGUAUAGCCUCAUCCACAACAUCAGUAUCAACACUUGGCCGCAAGCCUUUCAAAUGUUGACAUAAUCAGGUGAGUUAACUUUUUGUCAUAAGAAAAAUAAGGACUGGCUGAAAUGCAUGUAGCUCUCUCUUUACAAAUUAUAAACUGAUAACUAUAUACGAAGACUGUUCAGCUUCUAUUUCUUGUCACAUACUAGUCACAUUAAGCCACUGAAGCUCAUAAAAAUGAUUUAUUAUUCCUGACAAAUUAAAGUUGAACACAAAAUUAAAAUAUUAAGUUGUCCUGUGAAUUCAAAUAUUGUCCUGCAACCUGUUUAUACAUAUUUAUUUCAAAUACCAACCAGCAUGUAGCGGCUAGGAUUAUGAGUUCCAUGUUCUAUAGAUUAGCAUUCCACCCCACAGGUUAAUAGAAUUGUAUAUUGUACAUUCCGACCUAAGAUUAAUACAAUUGUGUGUUGUACAUUCCAACCAAAGAUUAAUACAAUUGUGUGUUGUACAUUCCAACCAAAGAUUAAUACAAUUGUGUGUUGUACAUUCCAACCAAAGAUUAAUACAAUUGUGUAUUGUACAUUCCGACCAAAGAUUAAUACAAUUGUGUGUUGUACAUUCCAACCAAAGAUUAAUACAAUUGUGUGUUGUACAUUCCAACCAAAGAUUAAUACAAUUGUGUGUUGUACAUUCCAACCAAAGAUUAAUACAAUUGUGUGUUGUACAUUCCGACCUAAGAUUAAUACAAUUGUGUGUUGUACAUUCCAACCAAAGAUUAAUACAAUUGUGUAUUGUACAUUCCGACCAAAGAUUAAUACAAUUGUGUGUUGUACAUUCCAACCAAAGAUUAAUACAAUUGUGUAAGAUUAAUACAAUUGUGUGUUGUACAUUCCAACCAAAGAUUAAUACAAUUGUGUAUUGUACAUUCCGACCAAAGAUUAAUACAAUUGUGUGUUGUACAUUCCAACCAAAGAUUAAUACAAUUGUGUGUUGUACAUUCCAACCAAAGAUUAAUACAAUUGUGUGUUGUACAUUCCAACCAAAGAUUAAUACACUUGUGUAUUGUACAUUCCGACCAAAUAUUAAUACAACUGUGUGUUGUACAUUCCAACCAAAGAUUAAUACACUUGUGUAUUGUACAUUCCGACCAAAGAUUAAUACAACUGUGUGUUGUACAUUCCAACCAAAGAUUAAUACAAUUGUAUAUUGUACAUUCCGACCUAAGAUUAAUACAAUUGUGUGUUGUACAUUCCAACCAAAGAUUAAUACAAUUGUGUGUUGUACAUUCCAACCAAAGAUUAAUACACUUGUGUAUUGUACAUUCCGACCAAAGAUUAAUACAACUGUGUGUUGUACAUACCGACCAAAGAUUAAUACACUUGUGUAUUGUACAUUCCGACCAAAGAUUAAUACAACUGUGUAUUGUACAUUCCGACCAAAGAUUAAUACAAUUGUGUAUUGUACAUUCCGACCAAAGAUUAAUACAAUUGUGUGUUGUACAUUCCAACCAAAGAUUAAUACAAUUGUGUGUUGUACAUUCCAACCAAAGAUUAAUACACUUGUGUAUUGUACAUUCCGACCAAAGAUUAAUACAACUGUGUGUUGUACAUACCGACCAAAGAUUAAUACACUUGUGUAUUGUACAUUCCGACCAAAGAUUAAUACAAUUGUGUGUUGUACAUACCGACCAAAGAUUAAUACACUUGUGUAUUGUACAUUCCGACCAAAGAUUAAUACAACUGUGUGUUGUACAUUCCAACCAAAGAUUAAACAUCAAUUAAUUCAACAGCUUAGCACUGUGUUAAAUCUCUCACUUUUUAUUUUUUACAGCAAGGCUGGAACUGUGCGCCAUCCUGUUGUGUCAAGCGAUGAUUUGUUUUCACUGUUGUCAUGUCAGAUCUAACUCUAAAAAAGGGAGCUGACUUAACAAGUUUUUUACAACUAUUUACAUAAACUAUUAUAGAAUAAUACAAACCUCCACAAGUCUGGGGGAUGAUGCCAAGACAUGUUUUCGUGGUCUUGAACGGGUGUGUGUGUGUGUCGAGAUACUUUCAUUUUUUACUUCUAAAUGAUAUAGAUAUUUUUCCAUCAUAAGUUUCUCUAUGUCGCAAGGUUAAUAUUAUUGACAUUGAAAUAAAUCAAACAAAACUGUGUCAUGAUUAGACUUAGCAUCUGAAAAUCCAGGUUUCUGUAUUUGAGCAUUGUUAUUGAAAAGUGCAGAAUUUUUUUAUUUAAAAAAAAUAUUUUUUUUAGGUAAAACAAUAUUUAAAAUAAUAUAAUAACUAGAAUUAGCUGGAAAAUAUUUCUAAUCCAUAAUUAAAUAAUUCUUAUAUUUUUUGUUUUUCACUCUUUAAAGAGGUGACGAGUAAUAUUUAGAAUAUUCUGAUUUAAUUAUUCAUGAAUGCCUGGACUUAUUAUAUUUUGAUAAUUACUGACUUUAGUUAAAAAUGUUGCUAGUGUUGUCAUCUCACAAUGCAUUAGGCACUUAUAAUGUGACUAGUCUAAAGAUUUACAAGACUUUUAACCAUGAAAAGUAUAUAAAUUGUGAGCAAUGCUUAAACCAUCCUUGAAGGAUGGUGAGAUGUUGUCUGAGUGCCUGCUGUCAAAUAAUUGAAAACACCUUGGUAGCCCUCGGUGUAAUAAAUUUUUUUUUUGUAAGCUAUAUAAUAAUAAGGACCAUGAUGAACAGAAAAAAGGAGCAAUUCAAAAUGUUACUUGCCUUUAUCUAGUUGCAAAACAUUCCAAGAAAAUAUUUCAUCAUUAUAUUUCUGCUGUAUUUGACUUACCAAAUUAAAUGGUCUAAUUUUUUAAUAUUUCAACUUAUCAAUAAUCAAUACCCACUCAUUACAUGGUAAUAACAUGUCAUACUAUGUAAAGAGCUGAAGUGGACAAUAAAAUGUCAUGUCAUGUGAUGAGCAACAGUGACAACAACACCUCAUGCUAUGUAAAGAGCUUAAGUGAAAAGUUCAAAAGGUGAAGAAAAGGUUUUCAUUUAGUUAUUUGUAUGUAAUAAAGUAAGGACCAGUACUUGGGCAUUAGAAAUAAUUCCUCACAGUGGCAACCCUUGACUAAAUCCUGCCUGGGGGCGAACCCCAAAAGUGCACUUCUCAAACACAUAAAGACACCAUUUAUAUGAUGUAAGAUAUAAUCCCCUAAAAGUGCACUUCUCAAACACAUAAAGACACCAUUUAUAUGAUGUUAGAUAUAAAUCCCCAAAAGUGCAUCCUGCCUGGGGCGGUUGCCCCAUUUGCCCCCCACCCAAGGUAUGCCGCUGAUUCUUCAAAACAAAUGAAUAUAUUUUCCAGGAGCCAGACAUUCAUCCUUUGGUAUACAAUAAUAUUCUAAUGAAUCUAACAAUGUUCUUCAUACUUUUAAGGUAUACCAAAAGAAGUUGAAAUAUGGAAACGCUCUGUAUCAAUCCAUGCAGUAGUAAGCAAUUAACAAAUAUUUUACAAGUUAACUCAAAUAUGAAUCAAAAUACUGAGUUAAGUUAACCCGUCCAGUUAUAGCCAACUGUUUAGUCAGUGCUGUAUCAUGUUAAACUUGACAGGAAUGUAUUCCAUUGGUCAGAAAUGCACCAAUAAACAACUUUCAUCUCUGUGUGUAGCUUGGCACCUGUGUGUUGUGUUUAAUGACACCCUCUUAGAGUUUACUGUCUCAUACAUUUCAUGAUCAGUUGUUUGAGCUUAGGAUUUACAUCGAUUUAGAGAAGUGAAUGUGUUUGGCUGAAGAGACUUAAUAUCCAGAGGUUUGACCAGGAUUGAAUGAUAUUGUAUGACAUAGGAUUAUAUAUUAAAUACUUUUAUUUAAGGAUGAUUGUGUAUCAGAUCCUACUGUUCACAGAUGCUCUUAAAAAUGCCGAAACCAAUUGUUAUAUUUAUAUGUCUUUUUCUAUAAGAUACAGCUCCGAGGCUAUCAAUGAUCAAGCAGUGGAAAUCAAAUUUUAGGCCUGUUAUGUAAAUGAUUCACAAUAGGAGACGUAAACAUAGCAAAAUUUAUUUAUUAUUUCCAUUUACAGGAGACAAAUUUUUCUACACACAUAAAAAAAAAAUUGUGGUGCUGAAUUGUGAAUUAAAACAUGUAAUUACCCCUGAUGUGUGUUGAAAAUGAGUUUUCAUGAUUUGUUUGAAUAUAUUCCAUUAUAAGAGGAGUCAGAUCUGAAAUGGGUUCUACCUUGGUUUUGUUCAUAACUCAACCACUGGUGAAGCAAAACGAACUAGUUAAUUGUAAAUACUGUAUUUAAUAAUUAUGUAACUGACCCACUUAAACUUUAGUUUGACAUCUCUGCUUAAUCUACCAUCUUUGUUGUUGCUCAUGUAUCAGUGCACAGGGCUGCAUUCAUUCAUCAUUUCGACUCACAGGUGGCCCCAAGUUUUCCCUAAUAACUUUUUAACCAAUGAACAUAAUGUAGCGGCCACCAUCAACUCUGCCUUUGACGGUGUGUUACUUCACAAAGAACUGGUUAAGUUUUUCUAAACAUACUAUUAGUAAGUAUUAGUCAUAAAUGCAUACUGAAACGCUUGGGGCCAACAGUGAGUGACACCUUCUAUAUACUGGGGCCAACAGUGAGUGACACCUUCAAUCUGCUAUUUUUAAUGAAUCGGCAGCUCAUCCUGACAGGAUGUAAACUCAACUGACAAAAUAUUGGAACUUUUUCUCAUCAAAUUUUUACUCAUUCCAUCUUGUAGUGUCAUUUUUAAUUUAAAAAAAUCUUUGAGUUGUUUAUACAAAUUCUAAAUACUAAAUUUUCUCUUUUAUCUGAUGACUCUACAACUAUUUGUAAAUGGCUGCCCUACUUAUUAUCUAUCAAUAAAAUUCACCACCAAAAUGUGUCAAGUGUUAAA